UGGGAUUUCCACAAGGUCAGAGGUCACCAAAAUCCUCUUUCAAACACUGGUCCCAUCACUCCCAGUUGUCUUCACGUUACAUAACGCUCAUGGUGAGCAGCAAACUCAUGAUAACGGAGGGAGGUUUGUUUGUGUGCAUGCAUUUAGGAGUCACAUACUUGUCUAGCUUAUAUAACAUAUUUACAGGCUAGACUUAAUCACCCUCCCCAGCACAAACACAUAUACACACAUGCUUUGCUGGCGUCAUGUAGUACCUCUAUUCCAUGAAAGGAUUUUUUUUUAGUGUCCAUCCGAGGUCAUAACAGAGAGCUGAACGAAUGUUAUCACAGCAGCUGAACUGUGAAAGUACAGUCUGUCAUCAGCCAGCGGUGACACAAGUAGGUUUGUCAGAUAGAAAAGCAGCAGGUGGAGCUACAGAGAUAAUGCUCAGCCCUCUUUUCGUCCCACUGGACAACCAUCCUCUAACAAUGAUGGAAAAAGCACAAAGGAAUUAUUACGCCAUAAAAAGAUAAAUUUGACGUAAACUUUUCAACCCUGCAAAACCUCCCAGUGAUUCCAUCAAUAACAUUGCAUGUUGCAAUAUGGGGCACUGUUCAGACCCAGAGCAGAUAGCUUUUAUGUGAAUUCUAGCCAUGACGCCAAGAUAGCAAAUCUGUCAUGGGUGAAUUAUGGGAAAAUGUGCUUAAAUACAUUGUGGAAGAUAUGUUAAAUAUUUCCAUUUCAUGUAAUAAUACAGCUAUAAAAGCAUGGUGUCAUGGGUUUGUACAUGUCAGUAAAUACUGUACAUCACAUAACUGAAAAAACUCCUAUAAAAUGUGAAUAAUAAAAGCUGUGCAUACCGUAAUAUUGUUUCUCCUUAGAAGCCUGUAUUUGUUGUUUAUCACUAAUAUACACUGGCUGUUAAAGACAUAAGACAUUAAGAUAGAGAAAUUAAAGUAUUUAGGCUUGGUGAAUUGCUUUCCAGUCGUCCAUGAGUUUAACUACCAUGAGUGUUUGGCAUUUUGGUGGCCAUUCAAGUGCAACCCUCUCGUGUUGAACUUGGAGAAUGAUGAGGAUCCUUUGAACGUAGUUAUUUGAAUGCAAUUAUUUUUGGUCCCAGUGAGGCUUUGUAGGGUGAGUCAUGAUGAUGGUAUGAUAAAAUCUUUGUGGGUAGGGAUGCCAUAUGAGGGGAAACCCUGGAUGAUUCAGGGGGCCCCAGAGCUGGACCAGGGCCCAGUCAGAGAUCAGAGAGCUGUCACUGAGCUGUUGUCAGGUGGACCAAAAUUUCUAGUCUAUUACUAGGUACCCUUGGUAGUCUGCCUCAUUUAAGGUGUAGGCGCAGGUUCAGCUCGUGAGUAUACAGUCCUAUAAAAUGAAUCACAUGUAGGGCUGGGUAUUAAUGCUCUAUAGUGAACGGACAUAAUUAAAGAUUUGAAUUGACUGAACGUUAUCUUAAAUUCAGCAAAUUUUACAUUUUUUGUGAAAAUUUGCCAAUGCACUAUUUCAUUUAAUUUCUUGCCAAGUACAAACUUGUAGAGGAGUAAAUUGGUUAAGGCUCGAAAAAUGGAAAUACACAAAUAACUGAGAAUUGUACUUUAAAUGUACUCAGAGUUAUUUUCCAUUUCGGCUUUCAUUGCUUGCCAAGCUACCGUACUGUUGCAUGUGGACUCAGUUCACUACAACAGCAGCAAUUAGCUGGCAGCACACGUUUGUUGCAUGUCACACAGUCUAUUAUUGUGACUCUGUUGCAUUGACGUUGUUCAGGCCAUUGAACUGGAGUAAUAUUGGAUUACUGGACAGUCUGUGGCACUAGAAUAAGCAUUAUGUAUUGUCUGUGUCUUCCUGCUGUGUAAUUCUAUAUGUAGUGAGAGUGGAGAGGCUGUGUUAGUCUCAUUCCUAAACAGUGCUUCUAUACCACACUGGCUCUCAUCUUACCAUGUAACCUUUUCUGAGUGGGGAUUGCAGAGAUUGUCCAACAGGGUACAGUUAAACCUUCCACUGCCCUCAGAACCAGACCCGGACUAAUCAACCACCAACCUGCUCCUUUCCUCAGCGCUCUCUUUGUUUUAGUCAUCUAAAUUGAGUGUAACACAGUGUUUAAGGCCGCACUAGUCAAUAUUUGUAUAUGAACAAUAGAUCAAAUGACCAUAUGUAAUAUGAAAGUUGUCACUUGUAGAGACACACCCAGAGAAUUAUCUCUACAGAGCAUUUUAGCGUCUUUCAGCUCAUUAUUUUGGUUUGACAGCCCACAACUUUACUGUUCUGAUUCACCCUCACCACUCUAAUCAGCCUUGUUUACCAUUUAUUUUGAACAACAAACGACAAAGCUGGCGACUAGCAGCCAGCACGUGAGAUAUUUUCCUCAGUAGGUGUUGAAGACCAUAACAGAGCUAAAAGGAGAGUGAAUACUGGACCUAAAUGACUCCAAAUGAUGGCUAAUGUUGCAUCGUGAACACUAGAUGUGUCAGUAGGCAACUGCUAACUAACAUGUUUGCCAUUACUAACUUCAUAAGCUGAUAAUAUGUACUGUUCAUAGCUGGUUCCACGACCCCCAAGUGAUGUUGAGGAGUUGUGGGGAGUAACUACGAAGGCCCUAAAGUGCCCAAAAGGAAAUAUUUUUUAUUAAAAAAAUAAUAAUAAUUUACCAAAGAGAAAGAACCCACAUGAGUUUGUUUUAUUACGAUUAAACAGAAAUAUUAAUACUUACAAUACUACACAAAAGAUGCAACUGUAAACUAGCUUUCUUUAAAAAAAAACUAAGGAGAAGCCAAUCCUCUAAAAUUACAGCUUUAAUUACUUUAACAAACUUUAACAAUCAUGUACUCCCUUUAACAGGCAGGAACACUACUUCAGGUAGAGAAUGUAACACAGCUCUCGUCUUCAGACACAGACACACAGUGUGGACACUGGGUCCUACCGCAACUCCAAUCCCAGUUUACAUAGGCUCAGCCCUAAUUAGUAAAUGGGAGACGAGAAGAACCCAAUGUGAGAAGUUUCUUCUUUUGUCAUAAAGACAGAAACAGUUACCUGGCGGAUGUCAGUUAAAAGCAGUUUUUAGUAAAUCUGAACUGCAGAGUUUGUGGAUAAUGGCUAGUAACUGUGAUUUUGUAUUUGGAGAGAACAAUACUGCUUGUUUUAAACAAAUGAAGUGGCCCUUUAAAUCCCUGGAUAGUAGUAUGUUGGACUGGCAGUUCUGACUAAGAAAGGCAUCGUAUUAAUGUUUGCUGCAUUGUGAAAACUAAUUUCCUGAUCAAUGAUCUCGUUUGUCCAAUCAGUAAACAAACGUGUAUUUCCACAGUAUGUCCUGUACUCUGUCUGCACUUGCACAGUGUCCUCUUUCAUUCUCACCUUAUAGUAAAUUGACUGGGGAUAUGAGUGUUAAACCUGACAGCUGAAGAGCUGUCUGUACUGGGAACAGUGCUAAGGGACAGAGCGUAGGUCAGGUUUUUCCGGUGUUGACAGAUGGUUGCCAGUAUAUAGGCGCCGGCGUUUUGUCACCCUGUCUACUCCAGAUACCACUGUACUGAGAGGUGGAAAGGUUUGAGGUCAGUGUGCCCAGUCAGACACGUCUCAAUAAGUGUCAAUCGUUUGUAUGUGGUCGAACUUAUAUGUAUCCAUGUCCAUAUCUGUGUCAGUUCAUCUUCUUAAGUUCUCAGCAGCAACACACGUGCAAUAGGUUUCCUCUCGCACAAUCCCCUUCUUCUUUGUAUCAACAGUUCUUAGGUGUCAGCGGUAUCACCUGUUUCCUGUUUUCUUCCGUUGUCUAGUCCCUCACGUUGCAUGGACAGUCAGCCUAUAUUGGGAAGCCUGUCACCCCACUUCCUAUUAUGGCACAAUGUAAAAACUGUAUAGUUCCACAUAGAAUCUGAAAACAAGAUCCAUGUUGAGCAAAAUAUACUGUAUACUCAUGCUACUACACUGGCUGAAACUUUGCAGGAGGUCUUAAUGAUCAGAUUCGGUGGUCUUCUGUUUUUUUUAUUGGCUGUACAUUUUAUUUGUUUGUCUUGCUUUUUACAGCGUCAUAUUUCAGUCCCAGAUUCUUGGGAUUCUGACACCUGACUGAAGGGCUUUUGAAGUGUCUCAAAUGUCACAUAGCGAUCCUCUCCAGCAUCUCCCCCUAACCCGCAUCAAUCCCCAACUGCACACCCGAGCCCUCAGCUCUUAUCACUGGCCACUCAGUCCCUGACGUCCACAGGGGGCUGCACUUUAAUUUGGAGGAAAGCCAUUUGCUAUUCUUAAAACUCGUCUCUGUGGCGCAGUGCUGAGGGAGAGAUCUCUGUUCUCCCUCCACUUCUUUUCUUCUCCCUGUGGCUUUGUCUUGGUAGUAUGGUUUAUGUUGCUGCGGCCACUGAGACUGCAUGAAUGUGAACGGACCUUAUUAGUGGGUGAAAAGUUUUUGCUGUUUGUAAGGACAUCUCCUGUAAAUCAGUCAUGAGCUCCAGCCUUGUCAACUCUUUGGCCAAAGUCUACGACCCUAACCCUCUUCAUGGGCAGAAGCCCGGUGGUAGGAAGCUCUCACUUAAUGGAUCAGACAAGUCACUAGCUUCUUCAUCUUCAUCAUCACCUUCCUCCCCCCAUGAAGCCACCCUGCGCUGCGUGGAGAACCGGAUGGACUCCCUGAGCUCUCAGAUGGAGCGUUUGCUCAACAUGCAGCAGACUGUUCUGACCCGGCUGGAUGGCUUGUCCCAGGACGUCAGGGGAAUGGGUCGAGAUCUGGCCUCUUUGCGUGAAGAGGGCCACGGGGGUAGGCGUGGGUCUGGGUUUGAGGUGUGCAGGGAGCUGCGUGGGGCCGUGCAGAGGACCAGCGAGCGGAUGGAGUGUCAGGGACGCAGGCUGGAAGGUGUGGAGAAGCUGGUGGAGAGCACCCAGCAGGUGAUCAGCUUCAUUGGGGAGGUGGUGAAGAGCUCCAGGCUGGUGGAGUUGCUGUUUAAACAGCCUGGAAACAAGGCUUUCAAGAAGGCAAAGGAUGACAAGGAUAAAGCAAAGCUGAGCCUGAAGGGCUUAAAGGCCCAGAAGAAGAGAAGACCUCAGGACACGUCAGACACGCCCUCGCUGAAUGAGCCUGUGCUGCAGGAACAGGUGGAAAAGCUCAACAGACAGAACACCGAGCAUUCCCAUGGAAAAGCAGAGGCCGACAGUGAGAGGGGCGAGGACAGGGGAAGUGGAGGAAGAAGACAGGAGCCUGCUGAGCUGAUCCUGGACGGACCACACACCUCUGCCGCCCAGUCAGAGGAGAGGAAGAAGGCAACUAAGGAGAAAGAGGAGGAGGAGGGGGAUUUCUUUGAGGAGUCAGAGUCAGAAGAAGAGCAAAAGGCUGAAGAUGUUAGUCUAGAACAAGCUGGAAAAGUGGAGGAUGAUGGGAAGAAAAAGCACAGUGUCGAGGCAGAAGAGUCGUCAAAAUUAGAAACAGCCUCAAGUGCAGAUAUCUGCAAGACCUCCCUCCUUCCACAGGAAAGCUCUGAGGAAGUCGGCGAUGUGGCCACUUGCAGCAAGCGUCGUGUCACAGAAGAAGACCUGGUGAUGGAUGACCUCAAAAAAAGCAGAGUGGAAGACAGUAAGGUGGAAACUGCUGAUGGACAGGUGGUGGAGGGGGGCGAGCUGCAGGCUUCCAAAUCUGAUGAAGCAAAGGCAGAGGCGGAAGAGGAGGGGAAGGAAGGAGAGUCGGCAUUGAAGGAAUUUAUUAUUGACUCAAGCCCUCCACCGUUAGCACCUUUCGACCAUCGCAUCGUGACUCCCAAACCCCAUCAGAUAGCCACCUAUUACACAAUCAACAGAGACGAGGUCCUGGGAGGGGGACGUUUUGGACAAGUCCACAAGUGCAUGGAGAACUCGUCUGGUCUGAUGCUGGCUGCCAAGAUCAUCAAAGCCAGGAGCCAGAAAGAGAAGGAGGUGGUAAGGAAUGAGAUCCAGGUGAUGAAUCAACUGAAUCAUGCCAACCUCAUCCAGCUGUACGCCGCCUUUGAGUCACGCCAUGACAUCAUCCUGGUCAUGGAAUAUGUGGAGGGAGGGGAGCUGUUUGACCGCAUCAUUGAUGAGAACUACAACCUGACAGAGUUGGACACGGUGCUGUUUAUACGUCAGAUCUGUGAAGGGCUGCAGUACAUGCAUAAGAUGUACAUCCUACAUCUUGACCUCAAGCCAGAGAACAUUCUUUGUGUCAGCAGAGCCACUAACAAGAUUAAAAUCAUUGACUUUGGCCUGGCCAGGAGGUAUAAACCCAGAGAGAAGCUGAGGGUCAACUUUGGAACGCCUGAAUUUUUAGCUCCUGAAGUCAUCAACUAUGAGUUUGUUUCAUUCCCCACAGACAUGUGGAGCCUUGGCGUCAUCACUUACAUGCUGCUCAGUGGCUUGUCUCCGUUUCUGGGGGACGACGACAACGAGACGCUGAACAACAUCCUGGCCUGUCAGUGGAACUUUGAGGAGGAGGAGUUUACGGACAUCUCUGACGAGGCCAAAGACUUCAUCACCCUUCUGCUGGUGAAGAGCAAGAGCUGGAGGAUGAGCGCAGCAGAGUCCCUCAGACACCCCUGGCUGUCAGACCGGAGUCUGCACUAUCGACUAAAUCAGAAGAAAAACAAGUGCCACUCCACACAUGCUCCUUCUCCAGAGAGCUAGACAGAAACACUGUGAGGCCCUCAGCAUGCCUUUUGACAAUGUAGGGCCCUGGAGCCCAACACUGGACCAAUGCUGCUGUACCUGUAUACUGGAUAACUACUCUCUGCUUCGCAUCCUCCCGUUAGCUUAGCUCCUCAGCUUGUAGUUCUGGUCUGAAUGGUGAUAGAGAGCCCCGCAGGGAAACAGAACAGACAUUUGUUAAUGCUGCCUUCAAGGCACAAACCACCUGCUAGCAUGCUUACCGUCCUGUGAGCACACAACCUCCGACUGAACCAGUGAGGACUCUCUAGAUCUAUGGUGGUGUGUAGUUUCUGUUGCUGCCAAGGUAAAAUAACCACCUGUAUCACAAUGGGGAAUCCAAAAUAUUAGAGACUAAAAGCCUGAAUUACUUGUCACUUCUACAACUUCCACGUGAAUCCCUGAAAAUCAGCAGUUUAGCAUCAAACAGACUCCUGUUUGCCAGUGAUCAGUCUGUCAUGUUGUCCUGGUAUGUUGCAUGCUUUGCACUUUUUGGCCUAUUUCUUCAAGAUUUAGCAAACAACGUUAAACAAAUAUAGACUGAAUGCUAUUAUUAUAAUAAUAUAUUUUUGUGAAUACAGAUUUUUUUCUUUCUUUUAAUUUACAAGUCUUAUGAAAAUGUUAUUAAUUCUCGAACAUAAGGUAAAAAUAUAUGUUGAAAUCGGUUGAAGUUGAUUUCACACCACAUUAAUUUAUUUUGUAUAUAACACAACACUGCAUACUCUCAUUCCCCUGAAAAGUGAGAACAUCUCAAUGACUGAAUACUUCCCUGUCCAUGUCAAAUUCUCUGGUACAUUUUCACUGUAGACUGGAUUUCCUUCUGUAUGCGUUAAUGCCACUAGCUCACCUUUGCUUCGGCAGUUUGGAGUAGCCCUUUCACCUUCCAUGAAGGCAUAACGAACAACAACAGAAUACUACCUAUGAAUGAUUCAUGUUUAUGACUGAAGUGGAUUCUUAUGUUCAUUUAUUUACUGGUUCAACACCAGACUGUACUUGAAGUGCAAAGUUUUUAUUCAAGAUGGGAUUUUAUUUUCAGGGGAGACAAACAGGACUUCACUUAGUUAUGCACAUACUGUGUGGAUGCACAGUUCAGCUUUAUGGAGAGCCAACAACAGAGCGGAGGAGACACCAGUCGGUGCUUUAUUGUCCUAUUCUGCCUCAGAGAUGGGAAGUUGGGUGAAUUUCCGUCACUCAGUUGUUGGCUGUUCCAUUUGGAAAUGGAAAAGCUUUGUGAUUUUGAAUACUUGUUUAUUUGAAUUUAUGAUACUUUUUUUCAAGUUUUCUUCUGUAAUGAUGAGACAUACAUACAUGUAGAAUAUAAAUAAGCAAAUAAAUAAAGCACACUAGAAAACAUUUGCACUCUU